AUGCAAGCUUACGUUUGCGCCCGCUGCGCUCGACUGCAGAGCGGUUCCGUGUCAUCGAUCGCAAAUCCUCUCCUCCGCAGCCAAAUUCGAAAUUCAAGAAACAUCGAGAUUAAUCGCUACGCAAAGCGUGCGCUACACGAAGAGCGUAAUUCCAAACCAGAACCCCCGAGUGACUAUCGAACCGCAAUCGAUAACCUCCUUCUCAAAACCGAGUUCGAAACGAACAAGGAUAUCAGAGAAUACUUACGCAAAUGGCAGACUCAAAAUAUCAAUCACAUGGAUCCCGUCCGGGGCCCCGGGACUUCUAAUCCGGGUUCGCCAAAGUCUUGGAUGGGAAAUAUGUUGAAUGACAGUAUCACCGCCUACGAUGAGGCGGUCGAAAGAGCCUCGAUGGCCGUUGAUGAAGGUUCAGACUUCAAGACAGACCUAGGCGAUGCAUACGAAGUAGGCGAGUUACUAGAGCCGGGUGAUCUAGUCGGAUUCUUUUCUGGCGUCGGCUUGAUGGUUCCGGCAAUAUAUAUACGCUCGGUUGAAAGACAAAAACAAUUUUAUACGCUUCGGGGCAAAUGGCGUGUUUCUAGGGACCAAGAUGUUGAUCUCGUCGUCAAGAAUUUCGUCUCAAAAGAAUUAACGGAUACAUUACUCCCCUUCCUUCCUGAUACCAUAGCGAAGACUGAUGUUGAAAUGCAAGCUCUAACUGAAGGAGGUGUGCCUCGUUCCGUUGGUGAACCGCUGAUAUCCCUACUCCAGGAAUUUGACAGCCAGGUCAACGCGAUUUACCGGGAAAAUUGCAAGGCGCUAGACUACUUUCAUUCCAUUGUCGCUGAUCCGGAGGUUCGCCGUACCAACAGACUUCGGGAGUUGGCAUGCAAGGCUUUAAAUAUCGAAGAGGGAAAAGUAUCUCCUGCAGCACUCUUCGCAACACACAGAGCUGCCUUGCGAACGCCAUAUCUUAUUUUACGCGAUCGUUCUUCAAUGUUUGCUGAUAACUACGUGAUCCAACCAAAAAGCAUGGCAAACGACUUUGAGACUGUCGUAGAGUGGGUUCGCGAUCAUGAAGAUUAUGUGACUCAGCUUGCUCUUGGGGAACGACCUGAUUUCCAGCAACAUCCUCUUCAAAAAUUCAUAGACAAAGCUCAACGAUUAAUUCGCCAAAGCCGUCAAUUCAGGUCACCGACAACCAUGGCAAACGUUGGACCUUCUUCACAACGGCUUAACCCGGAAGAGACAAGCGAUGGUCGGUUGUAUAAUAAGAUAGAAACGGAGGGCUUCACGGAGGAUGAUAAGAAGAUUUUGCAAUACCUACAAUAUUACUCCUUUCCGGCAAUCCGUAUCACAAAUGGCUUGUCUAGAUACGGUGCUGUCCAUAUCAUGAGGGCAACGGGAAUGUAUGCUACCGUUGAUAUUCAACGAGGAGCUAUUCCUCUCCUCCUCCAAGAGUUGGGAGUAUUUUCGCCUUGGGAAAACAUUUAUACGAUAGCCCACUCACUGGCUCUUCCAAACCAUCGUGUCGACAUGAAUAAAGACUUUGAAAAAGGAAAUGAAUCCGAGACGGGUACAAUUUUAGACCAAUACAAGAAGGAUGCAAUGGAGAAUUCGAGAGUUGACUGGGGCAACUUGCCCAUUUACUGUAUCGACGACCCUGGCGCGAAGGAAAUCGAUGACGGUAUUUCUUUUGAGCGUGUCCCGGGAUCACGCGAUACCUUCUGGGUACGUGUGCAUGUUGCAAACCCAUCAGCUUUCGUUCCAACGGACGAUUCAGUCUCGGAAUAUGCUGCCAAGUGUUUAUCGACAGUCUAUCUUCCGGAACGAGUUUAUCCAAUGAUACCACCGCGAAUAACCCAUGGACGCUUCAGUCUUGCUCCUGACCGUCCGACACUAACGAUCAGUGCCAAGGUUAACUUAGAAGGAGAUGUCCUUGAGACAAACAUCGUCAACGGGUAUGCCCGAAACGUUAUUUAUUUGACCCACGGUAGACUGCGACGCGUAUUUGGCGCUGAAGAACAACCAAAAAUCCUAGCAGUGGGGGGAGAGAUUCCUCCUAGAGAAGUGGAUCAUUACCAGGAGAUUCUCACCAAGGACGAAGAAGACCAUUUCCACAUUCUAAGACAUAUCAUGACGAAUAUUAAUGAUAAAUGGCGUGAAAAUGGCGGAUUGACAUGGCCGGAUUCCUUUGACAAAAACCCAACAGUGUAUACUGGACAUCAACCGGCUGAACCUUACGAGAUGUCAGAAGUCACACAUGGAGGUUACUAUCUCGGCGACCCAAUCAUUGGAUUACAAUACAACGAAAGUGAUCCUUAUGAAAUCCCGGAUAUUGGGAAAAAGAAUCUUGUUGCGUUAGUUAUGAGAUUUGCUUGCCACGUCGCCGGACGCUGGGGCGCAGACCGCAACAUUCCUAUGAUUUAUGACGGAACCUAUUAUCAUCCAGAAUAUCCACCCCUAACUCCUGAAAAACUGAAUAAUCUCAACUCGGACGACUGGCUCCAUUACGCUUUCCCCAAGGGAAUUAGCUCUUCGACUCCUAUUCCUCAUCAUGGCUUGGGUGUGGAGGUAUACACCAAGACAACUAGUCCCUUAAGACGUUAUACCGAUCUGCUAGCUCAUUAUCAGAUCGAAGCUGCGCUACGCUAUGAGAAGGAAUACGGUGAGAAAUUCGAUGGCAACAAGACACCAUCUUUAUUGCCAUUUUCCACGCAAGAUGUCGACCUGGUGAUUGAGCGGAUAAAAACAGCGUCUCCGGCUAUCAAGAGCAUCCAGAAGCAGUCCAACACAGUCUGGGCAUGUCAGUUCUUGUUCCGCGCGUUCUACUUUGGGGAAUGCGAACUUCCAGCGACUUUACCUUGUAUCGUACGUCAGAAUUUGGAGGGAGUCUCUACCCUGGGAACAAGAUAUGUAGGCGCGUACGCCGGCGAGAAUCUUCCGUUCGGCGUUCGGGCUCGACUCUUUGUGCCGCCGGAAUUUCAGGACCUUGAACUCCUCAGUACGGUGGAGGCUAAGAUAAUUGCUGUCGACAUGUCAUUGCAUGUCGUGGAUAUGGAGGUUGUUCAGAAAGUCAAGAAGUGGGAAAGGACAGGUGAUUGGGCUUAA